GCCACUCUCGGCCUUGUUCAAAUUCCCCCCUUUCUUGCUCCACCUUGGAGUUAUGGCCAACGCCGAUGUAACUUUAGUUGUGGAGAAGUCGGAAGAGAAAGCUGCUGAGCGUCAUCGUUAUUCAAACAUAGAGGCAACAAUGGAAAAUCCAAUCAUGAACGAUGAAGAUGAAUCAAGUAGAAUUCAAAAGUGGAAGAAGAUAUUUGUAGCAUCAUGUCUGAUUGCUGUUUUACUGGAUCCAUUAUUUCUCUAUGUUCCUAUGAUGAAGAAUGAUAUCAAGUGCCUGCUGUCUGACAGAAACUUGAAGAUCGCCGCUCUUCUUUUAAGAUCACUCACUGAUCUUUUCUAUAUAUUGGACAUUAUUUUUCAAAUUUAUACAUCUGACAAGUAUUCGCAUCUCAUGCGUGUAUAUGAUACGCGGAGGUACCGGUCGAGAAUAAGAUUUUGGAGGAAAUAUGGUGUGCCAACAAUAGCUAAGAUAAUCUUGGGGUCAUACAACGUCUUAAUUGACAUUUUGGCCAUUCUUCCGCUUCCACAGGUAGCAAUUCUCAUUUUCUUUUCAGAAAUGAGCGACUUGAAAUCUUUGACGGCAAUAAGGAUGGUUACCAUGAACCUUUUUGUUUUAUUGCAAUAUGUGCCACGAGCUCUUCGCAUCUACUUAUCAUGUAAGGAAUUUAAAAGGACUCCUGAAAAAGAUAUUGGAGAGACUGCCAAAUGGGUUAAAGGUGUCUUGAAUUUCUUGAUGUACAUCCUUUCUAGUCAUGUACUUGGUGCCAUAUGCUACUUUUUCGCUAUUCAACGUAUGGCCACUUGUUGGCAUAAUUCAUGUCGCAAAGCAAAUGGAUGUAACACAAGUACUUUUGGAUGUCAUUACCAUCACACAGAUAGAAAUAUUACAUUUCUAAAUGAUUUAUGCCCUAUAAGUUCAGUGAAUACAUCGCUCUUUGAUUUUGGUAUAUAUAUUACAGUCCUUCAAUCUGGUAUAACGGGAUCAACAAAUUAUUUUCAAAAGUUCUCCAAUUGUUUUUGGUGGGGAUUGCGAAAUUUGAGUUCUCUUGGUUCAAAUCUUGAGCCUAGCGUCGAUGGAUGGGAGAACCUAUUUGCAGCGUUCAUCUCUAUAAUUGGAUUGCUUUUAUUCUUAUAUCUCAUUGGAAAUUUGCAGACAUACAUGCAGUUGGAUACUCAAAGAAUAGAGGCGCAUAGACACAAGAUGAAAGUGGAACGAAAGAUGAAAGAGAGAGAUAAAGAGACGGAGUUGUGGUUAUCUGCAAAUGGCAUCCCCAAAAGGUUGCAUAAGGAUAUGAAGUUGAAGAUCAUGGAGAAGGUACAACAAGAACUUGAAGAA